GGAUGAGGUGUAAUUUUCCAAAGAAAAGAGUGCACAAUUAUUUGAUUUUCCCCUGUUUGACACGUGUACAUAGAGAGGUUAUAAAACUAGGAGGAUUUCCUUCGUCCCCUUUAAUUCCUUUGUGGAGUGAUUCAAUCAAGGUGGUGCCCCCUCCAUUUUCCUCCUCUCUCUCUCUCUCUCUCUCUCUCUAUACUGCUUCUCUCUCUGUUCUCUCUGUGGGCUUGGGUAUUGCAUUUGUUGUGAUCAGAUGGGAAGGCAACCUUGCUGUGACAAAGUGGGUUUAAAGAAGGGGCCAUGGACUGCUGAGGAAGACAACAAGCUCAUCAACUUUAUCCUCACCAAUGGCCAAUGCUGUUGGAGAGCAGUUCCUAAACUUGCAGGUUUGUUAAGAUGUGGAAAAAGUUGCAGGCUUAGAUGGACUAAUUAUCUUAGACCUGAUUUGAAGAGGGGUUUGUUAUCAGAAUCUGAGGAGAAAAUGGUUAUUGAUCUCCAUGCUUCUCUUGGAAAUAGAUGGUCCAAGAUAGCUUCUCAUCUCCCUGGCAGAACUGAUAAUGAGAUAAAGAAUCACUGGAACACCCACAUCAAGAAGAAGCUAAAGAAGAUGGGUAUUGAUCCUGUCACUCACCAGCCAAUCCUCACUUCAACUGAUCAAGAAGUACUACCCACAUCACCACCACCACCACCACCACCACCACCACCACUAGAACUGCAACAAGAGUUAUUUGCUGUUUCUGCCAUUUCUGAAGCAGAACAGAACAGGGGAAAUGAGACAUCUUUAGAGUCGGCCAUUAAUGAGAUAAAAGAACAAGAAAACAACAUUAUGAGCAUUACAAGCCCAUUCAAUUGUACAGAUUACAGUGAUAGUUUCUGUACAGAUGAAGUUCCUCUGAUUGAACCCCAUGAGAUUCUAGUCCCUUGUGUGCCUUCUUCAUCAACUUCUUCAACUUCAUCUUCUUCUACUUCUUCAUCUGGGAUGCUGGAAGACAUGCAGUUCUCAAGUUUGUUGUGGCCUGAAUACACCAACAUGUCAAUCUGGGAUGAUUUUAACUAUUGUGAUUUUCUUUGUAGUGAAGAUGAUGACAGGAAACUAGCCAAUGAUCCUCCUCUCAAUCAGUUCCAAAGAGUAGUUUUUGAUCAAGAACCUUGGAAAUUAGACCUCUUGUGAUUAUAUUUUAGGAGUUCUGUCCACUCUGUAGUUGUCGAGAAUACUUGUGGACAAGAGAGAACCCAUCUAAUAUUUUCUUUUCCCUUACUAUAGAAAAUAAAAAUUUUCUGUCCAUUAGAAAAAAAAAAAAAAGAAGUUUGUUUUGGGUUCUGUACAAAAGGAAAAAAUAUUGGAUGUGAGGGAAGUAUCCCAAUCAAAGAUGUACUUAGUUUCUGAAUCUCAAUUUUAUUGUCAAAUGCCUCAGUAAACAUUUCCAAUAGCAGAAAAAGAAUCCUAUAGUUUAUGAAA